AUGCCAUUUCAGAUUUCUGUUUCUAACCCAGUACCACUGAGCCAGGAAGUUCAAACAAUUAGUAAAGAGGCUUUGGAUAAUAUCAUUGGAAACAGCCCAUAUCAGCAUGUGACAACCAAUCAUUGGAGCCAGCAAGCUGUAGAAACCAUUACCACAAAUUUGGUCAAACUCAACAAGCCCUACAAAUUUAUUGGUGAGAAUGCUGUAAGAAGAUAUUUCUUAAGUUUACACAGUUCCAGACUUCUAGUAAAAGGAUAUUCGAUUGCCGAUAAUCAUUUGAUGAGUACAUUGAGUGACAUUGAAAAUGGAAAAUUAUUAAAUGCAAUGAUCUUCUGUCACCUUCCAGUUUUCUUUCCAGUAACUUGUGUGAUUAUGCAAACGAACACAGGCGCAGGUCUCAGUGUUUCGAGUACUUGUUACUGGGAUAAAACAACUGAUAUGUCGUUUACAGUGAGAUGGGAGAACAAAGCAGUUGUUACAAUUGUUAACGUCUUUGCGGUCGCCAUAUAA